UGUUGAAAGUACGUCGCGUCUGCUCCGUUGGGUUGCAGUUAGCUAUCCCGCCGAGAUUCCGAGCUGUGUUUUAGCUAUUGGAGGGAAGAAAGGACUUAUUUUUCUUUUUAGAUGCUUUGGCAUUACCAGCAGGUAAAGAAUUUUUGACGCCUUUUAGGAAGCUUAGAAGUUGAGAGUCGUUUGUGGGAUUCUUUGUUCUUGUCUUUAAGCUCAACCUGCUUAAGGGCAUCCUCAAUUCUUAGAGUGAAAUCUCAAAAGGUCCUUCUUGGAUCUCGGGUUUUUUGUUUUUCCCCGUUUGUAACACUUGAGCCCACCCAGCCCAAUCAUGGUGAUGUUCAAGAAGGUCAAGUCUUUUGAGGUGGUCUUUAACGACCCUGAGAAGGUGUACGGCAGUGGGGAGAAGGUGGCUGGCCGGGUCAUAGUGGAGGUGUGUGAAGUGACUCGAGUCAAAGCCGUCAGGGUCCUGGCUUGCGGAGUGGCCAAAGUCCUUUGGAUGCAGGGCCCUCAGCAGUGCAAACAGUCCUUGGAGUACCUGCGCUACGAAGACACGCUUCUCCUGGAAGACCAGCCGACAGGUGAGAAUGAGAUGGUGAUCAUGAGACCUGGAAACAAAUAUGAGUACAAGUUUGGCUUUGAGCUUCCUCAGGGGCCUCUGGGAACAUCCUUUAAAGGAAAAUACGGGUGUGUAGAUUAUUGGGUGAAGGCUUUUCUUGAUCGCCCCAGCCAGCCAACUCAAGAGACAAAGAAAAACUUUGAAGUGAUGGAUCUAGUGGAUGUCAAUACUCCUGAUUUAAUGGCACCUGUGUCUGCUAAAAAGGAGAAGAGAGUUUCCUGCAUGUUCAUUCCUGAUGGGCAGGUGUCUGUUUCUGCCAGAAUUGACAGAAAAGGAUUCUGUGAAGGUGAUGAGAUUUCCAUACAUGCUGACUUUGAGAAUACAUGUUCCCGCAUUGUGAUCCCCAAAGCUGCCAUUGUAGCCCGCCACACUUACCUUGCCAAUGGCCAAACCAAGGUGCUGACGCAGAAGUUGUCAUCAGUCAGAGGCGAUCAUAUUAUCUCAGGCACGUGUGCAUCAUGGCGUGGCAAGAGCCUUCGGGUGCAGAAGAUCAGGCCUUCCAUUCUGGGCUGCAACAUCCUUCGAGUUGAAUACUUCUUACUGAUCUAUGUUAGUGUUCCUGGCUCCAAGAAAGUCAUUCUUGAUCUGCCCCUAGUAAUUGGCAGCAGAUCAGGUCUGAGCAGCCGGACAUCCAGCAUGGCCAGCCAAACCAGCUCUGAGAUGAGUUGGGUAGAUCUACACAUCCCCGAUACCCCAGAAGCUCCUCCUUGCUAUAUGGAUAUCAUUGCUGAAGAUCACCGAUUGGAGAGCCCCACCACCCCUUUGCUAGAUGACCUGGAUAGUUCUCAAGACAGCCCUAUUUUUAUGUAUGCUCCUGAGUUCAAGUUCAUGCCACCACCUACAUAUGCUGAGGUGGAUCCCUGCAUCGUUAACAACAAUGUGCAGUGAGCAUGUGAAGGAAAAGAAGCAGCUAUAUCUACCUACUUCUUUCUGCGUCUCUUCCUGGACUCUUAAAUUUUCAGAGACUCAGUAGUCUCUAUAGUGGGGUGUGGGUCCACCCCAGCCUCUGACUCACCAAUGUAGGAGGUGAUCAGCAGACCAUCUCUGGGGCCUUAAGCAGUGUGAACUCGUCCUUAGCCAGCGCCGGUGUUGUGACGUAGGGGUGUUUGCUGGGUGGGUUUUAAAACACACUAGAAAAACUCAGGCCUGUCUGAUUUUCUCAGAUCUUGAAAAUUGAGGCAUUUUCAUUAGUUGUGAGUCAAGUGUAGAAAUGGCCUCCUGGCGUGGUCUUCCCAAGUCUUUUGUGGAGGGGGUAUUACAGAUUGUUAUAACAACAUCAGACCUUGAACUUCUGUGCCAUGUAGAACGGAGCUGAUUUUACAACUAGGAAAAUGAAAACAAAAUAGUGGCCAAAAUUCUGGGAAAAGGAGGUUCUUAAAAUCAGUGUUACCCUUGUAUACUUACUAUGGAAAAAAAAAAGAAAAA